AUGAAAUCAGAACUCAGAAGGGUCUACAAUCUCAUAACCCCUUAACACCUCUCAUUUCUUUGAAGAAAAAGAAUAGAUUCUCUGAUUCUUCUUGUCUGCUUAAGAGCAGAAAUGCUGGGUUCCAGUACAAGAUUCAUCCUUUUCCUUCUUGUCUGCAUAGGAUUACUAGCAGACAACAGAUAUAAGGUCUCAGCCUCGAGAAGUAGAGAGAUUUUCCUCAGACAAACACAAGAAGACAAAGCUAGAGUUCAGCCAGGUGAAAUUGCUAAGCUAAGAAGCAUCGGUUCUCAUUCUAGGAACAACGGUGAAGAUCAAGGAACGCUCAGCGAAAACCGGCGCAUUCUUCUUGAGGACGUUAACAAGAAUAAAGUCAGAGCUGAGAAGACGCAAGAACAAAAGAAUAAGACAGAAGACACAUUCCAGUCAAGCAAGAGACGUGUAAGACGAGGAUCAGAUCCCAUCCACAACAAAUCCCAGCCAUUUACUUGAGUGGCGACACAACAACAAUCAAAUACAGAAAAAGGCGAUAUAUUAUUAUAGAAAUGCAAGAAAGAAGAAGAAACAAAGGCGCAACGAUCAACCUUAUCAAGCUGGAGGUAGGUUAGUUGGUUUCAAGUAUAGGUUUGAUAAAACACAGAAAUAUUGGCUUCAAAAGCCAUCACUACGCACAGAACAGCAUUGUCUCUGUUCAGAUACAUCAUCAGGAGAAUACAUACUUGUUUUCAAAAUAUUUUCUUGACUAAGUCUUUUCACUCUUUUGUUUGCAAUUGUUUUAAGUUUUGUUCUUUCUGCAUUGUUUUGACUCCACCA